AAUGCCUCGACUCAACGUCGUGGCCCUCAUUUCGGGCGGCAAAGACUCGUUCUUCUCGCUCCUGCAUUGUCUCGCCAAUGGCCAUAACCUCGUUGCGCUCGCAAACUUGCACCCCCCGGACCAUGCGCCCGAAGAUAUGGAUAGCUACAUGUAUCAGACGGUGGGACAUCACCUUAUCCCGCUGUAUGCCGAGGCGCUGGGGGUCCCGCUGUAUCGCGGGGUUAUCAAAGGUGGGCAGGGGAAAGGAGGCAGGGAGUAUGUGUAUCGAGGACACUCGGACGACGACGACGACGACGAAACGGAAGAUCUGAUCCCCCUUCUCCGAGAAGUAAUGCGGAAUCACAGCGAGGUCGACGCGAUAUGCACCGGCGCGAUCCUAUCGACGUACCAACGCACGCGCAUCGAGAACAUUGCGCUGCGUCUCCGUCUCACGCCUCUGGCGUUCCUCUGGCAGUACCCGUUUCUGCCUCCCUACGACCAAGCCGGGCUCCUACUCGAUAUGGCGGCCGUGGGCCAGGACUCGCGCAUCGUCAAGGUUGCGUCGGCCGGGCUCGACGCGGAUAAGUUUCUGUGGCGCAAUGUUGCGGAUCCCGUGACGGUCGCGAGGAUGAAGAACGCUAUAAGAAGGUUCUGCGUCAAUGGAGAUGGUGCUGUGCUUGGGGAGGGCGGCGAGUACGAGACUGUUACGCUGGAUGGGCCCGCUGGGGUUUGGAAGGGACGGGUGGUGGUGGAUGGGGAUGGGGGGUAUGUUGUUGAUGGAGGGGAGGGGGUGAAGGCGAGGGUUAUUAUGAAGGAUGGUGGGGAUGUGGGAGGACGUUGGGUGGAGAGACUGCGGAUCCCGUCGAUAUGGGACGACGAGUUUGCAGCGCUUCUGCGCGACGAGGGAUCGGACGACAACGGCAGCGGCGGCGGUGACGAUGCGGGAGAUGAGAAGCUAUCUCCCGAGUCUUCUUCUUCACUUCCUCUACCAGACCACCACACGUUCGCAUUUCAAAUCCCUACGAAUAUCUCCUCCCUCGCUGACAACGGUACAAUCUUCACUUACGCAAACGCAACCGCGCCUGCGGACUCUCCGGGAUCCCCUCAAGCUCAACUCUCAACCAUCUUCUCCCGCCUCGACACCGCCUUGGCCGACCACGGCUUCCGCAAAUCGCACAUCACGCACUGCACGCUCCUCCUACGCUCCAUGUCCGACUUCGCCGCCGCAAACAAAACAUACGCGUCCUACUUCUCCUUCACGAAUCCGCCGGCUCGAGCUACUGUAGCGAUUGGAGAGCUUAUGCCCGCGCCUGGAGCAUCGGUUAUGCUCUCCGUUAUUGCGCAUCGACUCCAUCCCUCCUCUUCUUCCGAAGGAAAAGAGAACACGAGACAAGGCCUACACGUCCAGAGCCAAAGCUACUGGGCCCCGGCUAACAUCGGACCGUAUAGCCAGAGCAUCUCAGUCCCGCUUUCUUCUCAUUCCAUCUCCUCCUCCCCCUCCUCUCCAUCGUCCCGCGGCACUCAUAUCAGAGAAGUCCAUAUAGCAGGACAGAUCCCCUUGGUUCCUGCGUCUAUGGAACUCAUCUCCUCCACCGCUUCCGCUCCCCACACCCCAUCAACAACAUCAACAGCAGCAACAGCAAAAGAAGACCCCCAACGCCGAGACGACCCGCAACCCUUCAAACCAAGCGUCCUCCUCUCCCUCCAACACCUAACCCGCAUAGCGCGCUGCAUGCACGUCUCAUGGUGGACGCACGGCGUCGCGCUGAUCCCUUAUUCCGCCAACCGCGCUGCGCAGCGUCGGCGUGUGCGCCUCAUCUACAGCACCUGGGCCGCGUUGCACAACCGUUGUUUCGUCUCCGGGAAACGCUCUGAAGGAGAAACAGCCGAUGAUGAAGAUGUCGAUCCCUGGGAUGCGCGGAACGCAGGCGCAGGCGUGUUUGAAGAGCGCAGUUGCAGGGCAAAUGUCCCCGAUCUCGAUUGCGCUGCUUACUUUUUCCCUCCUCCUCCUCCUCCUUCUUCUACCGCUUCUUCGGCUGCUGACGAGGGGAAUGGAGGUGGCAAACCGGCGGCGGCGGCAACGGCAGCGGUGCGAGCACCGCCAUGUUUCGUCGUCGAAGUCGCAGAGUUGCCGCGAGGAGCGCAGAUUGAGUGGUGCUGCGGCGGCGUGGGGAGCUCUCGGUCUGGUUCUGCGGGUUCGUCUUCCGCUGCGUUGAGCGUGGAGGUUUUUGUGGGCGGCGAGGAGGAGGAAGAGGACAUGGGUACAACGUAUACUCGCGUCACUUGUUCUCCUCCUCCUUCUUCUUAUGACGAAAUCGAUGAAGAAGAAGAAGCGGAAACGAAACAUGCGGAUAGCAAUGGCAGCGGCGGCGAUGAUGCUCACGAGCGGAAAGAAGGAAUCUACUUCUCGACUGUGUUUCCUCGCUCGCGCGCCCCGACUCAUCGAGAUGCAUCAUCAUUCUCAUCGUCAUCGGAAACAGCAGCAUCAGCUGCUGCUGCUGCUGCUGCUGCUGCUGCUACUAGACAUAUACCGCUACCGCACCGAGAAACCCCCAACAAUCCCAGCGACAAAAAGAAGAGACAGAAGAAGGAGAAGAAGAAGAAGGCAUACGCGACAAUGUACACGUCUGUUCCUUACUCCCCUCCUUCCCGCCCUGCUCCAUCUCCUACCGCAGAAGCAGGAGAGGAAGAAAAUCUCGCGAGCCAAAAAGGAAUUCAAUAUCUGCCUUGCUACCGUGUCUGGGCCAGCACUCAUUCUGCUACCCGUGGAGGAUUGGACAUGGAAGAAGUAGAUGGUGUUCUUGUUGGACGGGUUGUUUGAUACUCUCUCUCUCUCUCUCUCUCUCUCUCUGGUUUUGUGUAAUAUA